AUGGGGAACUCGCGUCUGGCCCUCUCGCUCCACCACCACACUGGCUCACAGCUGCACCAGCCCCCGAGGGCGCCUCUGGCGCUCCCGCUAGGGCCCAGGAGGGGGCUGCCGGAGGGGCGACGGGGCCGGCGCGCUGGGUGGGGCCCAAGCCUCUUGCGCGGGCACCGCCGGGGUCUGGCGCCGGACUGGGGCGCGGGCCUCAAGAGCAACGGCUGCUCGCGCCAGCCCCCCCGGCCACCUCGGGCUUGGAGCAGCCCAGGCCUGGCGGGUCACGACGGGCCUUCCUCCCCCUCUCCGGCCCCCGCCCGCCCCCACCCCCCUCGCCUCUCCCAGCAGGGCUGCCAAGCAACCCGGAGCGCGCCCCCGCCGCCCGCCCGCCCGCCCGCCUCUUCGCAGCCGGCCCGAAGGGCGCUCGUGCACGAGGAGGGGCGGAGGGUUAGGGGCGCGCGCGGGCACUGCCGCCGCUGCCGCUCCGUCCCGCGCCGGGGGCCAGUGGGGGGGGGGGCCGGUCGGUGGCGGCGGGGCGCGCGCUCGGCCCCGCGGAGCCAUCUUGCGGGCGGGCGGGCGGUGGGGCGGCGCUGGCGGCGCCUUCGGCGGGGCAGGGCUGCGGCGCGGGGCGGGUCCGCCGGCGGCCAGCGUCCGUCCGCCCGUCCGCCCGUCCGUCCCCCCGGGGGCGGGGAGGCGGGGCGGCAGCGGCUGGCGCGGCGGGUCUGGGGUGCGCGGACUCACCGGGCCGCCCAGGAGCCGUCGGGGGCGAUGGCGGAGGGGGCGCGCGGCGGCGUCCGGGGGGCGGCGGCGGCGGCGGCGGCGCUGCUGCUGGUGGGGCUGGUGGGGUCCGGCCCGCUCGGGGGGGCCCCCGCGCAGCAGCCGCCGCCCUCGCCGGGGUCCGUGUCCGGGGCGCGCUUCGGCUGGCGGAACCUGAGCUGCCCGGCCUGCAAGGUCAUCUUCGCCGCCAUCGACGCCAGCAUGCAGCUGGAAGCCAGCCUGACGCGCAUCCAGCACCUGGCCAUGAGCGUGUGCGUGAACCUGCGCUUGGCUCGCCCGGAGGUGUGCGAGGAGAUCAUCCAGCUCUUUGAGCACGACAUGCUGACGGCGUGGGCCCGCUCCUUCCUGCGCCCCUCCGAGAUCUGCGGGCUGCUCGUGGGCUCCCACUGCGGCCACUGGGACAUCUACUCGGACUGGAACGUCACGCUGCCCGACACGCCCAAGCCCCCCGUGUGCCCCCCGGUGCCCCCACCGCCCGGUGCUCCCACCGCCCGGGUGCUCUUCCUCACCGACAUGCAUUGGGACCAGGCUUACAUGCCAGGCAGCGACCCCGCCUGCAAUGACCCCUUGUGCUGCCGGGGGGGGCAGCCCCGAGGGACGGGGGCCGGCUUCUGGGGCACCUACAGCAGGUGCGACUUGCCCCUCCACACCCUGGAGAACCUGCUGCAGCACCUGGCCAGUGCCGGGCCUUUCGACGCCGCCUACUGGACCGGAGACAUCCCGGCACACAACGUCUGGCAGCAGAGCCGGGCCGACCAGCUCCACGCCCUCAACACGGUGACGGCCCUCAUCCAGAAGUACCUGGGGCCGCUGCCCGUCUACCCCGCGGUGGGCAACCAUGAGUCUGUGCCUGUGAAUGCCUUCCCUCCCCCAUACGUGCAUGGAAACCAGUCCUCUGCCUGGCUGUACGACGCCAUGGCCCACGCCUGGCACCCGUGGCUGCCCCUGGAGGCCCUGGCAACGCUGAGGCUGGGGGGCUUCUACACCCUCCGUCUCUGGCCGGGCCUCCGCCUCGUCUCACUCAACAUGAACUUCUGCUCUGAGGCCAAUUUCUGGCUCCUGAUCAACUCCACGGACCCCGCCGGGCAGCUCCAGUGGUUGCUCAAGGUCUUGCUGGAGGCCGAGCAGAGCGGGGAGAAGGUUCACAUCAUUGGGCACAUCCCCCCCUCUCACUGCAUGCGCAGCUGGGGCUGGAACUACUACCGCAUCAUCAACAGGUUCGAGGGCACGGUGGCUGGGCAGUUCUUUGGCCACACCCACGUCGAUGAGUUCGAGAUGUUCUACGAUGAGGAGACGCUCAGCCGGCCGGUGGGCGUGGCCUUUGUGGCCCCGAGCGUCACCACGUUCGUCAGCAUGAACCCAGGGUACCGUGUCUACCUGCUGGACGGGGCCUACCCGGGCAGCUCCCACAUGGUGCUGGACCACGAGACGUUCAUCCUGAACUUGACGGAGGCCAACGCUCCGGGCACCGUGCCCCGCUGGCAGCGCCUCUAUGGGGCCCGGGAGACCUACGGCUUCUCCACCGCCUUCCCCGCAGACUGGGAUCAGCUGGUGCGCCGCUUCCAGGCAGACGAGGGCCUCUUCCAGCGCUUCUGGUACCUGCUGUACAAGGGCCACCCGCCGCGCCAGCCCUGCCGCGAUGCCUGCAAGACGGCCUUGCUCUGCGCCCUCCGCACCGGGCGGGCCGGGGACCCGAAACUCUGCCAGCCCCUGAGCCAGGGACUGCCCUUCCGGGAAGUCCAGGCCCACUGGCGCCUGCGCCGGUUCUGUUAAGCAGC